CAGGCUCCUAGUAGGCGUUAGGCUGCCAGGCGGCUGCCUGCUGGCCAUCGCCAUCCUCUCUUCGAUUAUGUCUAACAAGUUCACCAAGGCCAAUCACUCAACCCAACAAAAAAAAUCUCUUUCUUUGCACAGCAUUUGCCAUCAUAAAGCACCCCCAAGCCUUUCUUCAUCCAGACCUCUUGAUCAUCUCCUGCUUCCACCUCUUUCCUACCACUCCACAAAUCGACAAAAUGGACUCGCUGAUCGAGAAACUAAGCGACAUCAACCUCGAGCCAGAACACCUAUUAUUCAACCCCAGAGACAACGUCUCGCUCGAUCCCAAAGCCCUCGAAAAUAUCCCCCGCUUCCUAUUCCGCGUCGCCUCCCCCAAAACAAAAGGAGAAACAACCGAAACGUGGGUCCGUUCCGCAGAUGCCCUCAAGAAGAAGAGUUCAUCCCAAGAAGACAUCUUCUCCAACCUUACCGCCCAGAGAGGAAGUGAAAUCUCCAGGAGUUUAAACGAGCAUCUGAGAUGGUGGCGCAAAACCGGACUGGAUAAUUUCAUGUCGUGGACUAGUUCCCUCCUUUUCGCUUUGCAGUAUAUCCUCUACCUCCAUCAGGCUGACUGGGAUGGCUCAAACUUGGACGAAAUCAAGCUUUACGUUAUGGAUACGAGUCAAUUCCCCCGUGGGGCUUUCCUGCGUGAUCUUGAUCUGAUUGAUGCUUUCCAGGGGUAUGAGAAUGGGAGUGGGAAUGGUUUGAAAAGCCUGAACCUGAAGGACUUCCGGCAGCUGCGGACGACAAAGGGGUUUUAUUUCGGGGAAUAUUUAUCGCAGGGCUCGAUGAGGGUUGCGGGGAAAUGUCAAGUUAUCUCGGCGGACUUGCUGUUUGAAGGAGGGGAAUUGCAUCUAGUAGUACGGAUACUGCAGCCCGAGUUUGGGGAUAUACAUAGCCGCCGUGAUGGGGAGCCGUCUUGGGCGAAGGAGGUGAAGCGUCUUCGAGAAUCUAUUUGGCCGUCAGCAAAGCCGCCUCCAACGAAAUUCAGAGCAUCGAAGGAUCAGAUUGCCGCCGUGGAUGAGAUAGCAAUGCUUCUUUGACCCAGACUGGAGAUUCCCGAUGGCGGUCUAUUUCUCCGCCUUGAUCAGCCAAAACUCUGGAAACGGAGACCAGCGAAAAGAUGGUGAUAUUGGUGGACUUUUGGAACAUUUCCAGUCGUGUUACUCUGCUGGUGGGUCAAUAUUGUCUGAG